GGGAGACCGGAGAAGUCGUCGUGUUUAAUAAGCAAGACAAGGAGCAGCAUGUGGUCCCCCCUACGCAAACCGCCGACAUCACCGUCCUCAACUGGAGCCCCAACGGGAACUGCCUGGUAUCGGGGGAUAGGAGACCCAGUUUGAUUACCAUGAGACCGACCAAACCUGCUGAAGCAGGAAGACACACGUAAUCUGCAGCCCUCAGAGUGCCCCACAGUCUCCAGGGACAGGAGCAGAGCUGGCUUCCGACAUCCAGAACCACGAGUGAGGUGUCUGCUGCCAACAUCCGCCUCUCAGGGCCUCUUCCUGCACAACCGUCUCUCUCCUGUGCCAUCCGUCCGGGAGGCUGCUGGAAACAAAGGAAUCUACCCGCUCCAGUUUCACCCCAGAGAUGACCUGCCCUUCCUCCUCUGUCCCAAGUCCAGCUCGGGCCAGGUGCCCUCUGUGCAGCCACCCUUGGGCCUGGGGCAGUGGGGAGAUCCCUGGAAGAGGGCACCAGGCGAACACUUGGUCGGUGAAGAAGCGGGGAGGACAAUGCAUGUCCAGGGCUCAUCUCCCUCUCACUCUCCUGCUGGACAAGAGCUGAGGGCGAGGAGUAAGUGCACCUACACACAGGAAAGGGCAAGUCGCUUCCUGAUCUCUGAGAUAAACCAUUAGUGAGCCAGCUGUGAAGUGACAACGUGUCUCGACAGUCGUAUCUGAGCCCUAACUUCACACUAGUCCCUUAGUACGUUCACCUCCUGCUCUGCAUGGGACUGGUUUCCCACCUGAGGGUGAGAUGCUCUCACUUUUCUUUCAAGUCUUACUGGAUAAAGUUAUUUGAAUGAAGUGACCUGGAAGGAAUGGCAGCGAGUAAAGAGACCACUCUGAACACAAAGGAUCCCCCCUCAGGAGUAGUAAGAGAUGCAAAAACCACUUAGAAUUUAGGGGCAAUGAGCAGGAGGCCCCGAAGAGGCAUCUGCUUUGCCAUCUUCUACUUGGCGUCUGCGUGUCUAUCUGGUUACAGGAGACCUGAGGUGACUUCCUGUGGCUUCCCCUUCUUGUGUGUGUGUGUGUGUGUGUGUGUGUGUGUCUCUCUGUCUGUCCUUGUAUCAGAACAGGGGUCUGCAGUCAUCUGAGCAGAAACCACUACUCCAGGGACUCCGGACAUUUCCAUCCUUCAACUUCUUCCCCAGCUCAACAGUCGGGGGAUCUGGACAGGCCGAGUGCUCAUGUUUGUGUUCAGGUGCCUAAUGAGCUGUCAGCUGGAAGCUCGUGUAUACUAAUAAAACAGAGUCAUUUACUGUGUUAAAAAUUAAGUGCUGGACAGGAGUUCCCUGGCAGUCCAGUGGUUAGGACUCGGCACUUUCACUGCAGGGUCCUGUGUUCAAUCCCUGUUUGGAGAGCUAAGGUCCCGGAAGCUGCACAGCCGGGCCAAAAAGAAAAAAGAAAAGAAAAAUUAAGUGCUGGACGAUUGUACUUGCAGGGCAGAGCAGAAGGCCAUCUCCACAGGGGCCGUGUGUGCCUAAAACACACAGCAGGGCCCAACUGCUGGCUCCUCUAGGGAGGAGGCUAGGUGACGGGGAAGGAAGCCUUCCCAUUUCUGCCCUUAUGUGUGUUUCACUGUGCAAGUAUUAUUUUUUUAAUUUUAUUUUAAGAGUAAUUUGUAAACACACAAAAAAUAAUGUUUUUAUUUUUUUUUUUAUAAAUUUAUUUUAUGUAUUUAUUUCUGGCUGUGUUGGGUCUUUGUUGCUGCGCGCAGGCUUUCUCUAAUUGCGGCGAGCAUGGGCUACUCUUCGUUGCAGUGCGCGGGCUUCUCACUGUGGUGGCUUCUCUCGUUGUGGAGCACGGGCUUUAGGCACACGGGCUUCAGUAGUUGUGGCACGCGGGCUCAGUAGUUGUGGCGCACAGGCUCAGUAGUUGUGGCGCACGCGCUUAGUUGCUCCGCAGCAUGUGGGAUCUUCCCAGACCAGGGAUCGAACCCGUGUCCCCUGCAUUGGCAGGCGGAUUCUCAAUCACUGCGCCACCAGGGAAGCCCCAAUGUUUGUUUUGUUUUGUUUUGUUUUGUUUUGUUUUGUUUUGUGGUACGCAGGCCUCUCACUGUUGUGGCCUCUCCCGUUGCAGAGCACAGGCUCCGGACGCGCAGGCCCAGCGGCCAUGGCUCACGGGCCCAGCCGCUCCGUGGCAUGUGGGAUCUUCCCGGACCGGAGCACAAACCUGUGUCCCCUGCAUCUGCAGGCAGACUCUCAACCACUGCGCCACCAGGGAAGCCCCCCAAUGUUUUUAUUCUUAUCUUUAUAAAGCUGGCAAAGUCAAGAAGAAUCUGUAUAAUAAUAUAGGAUUUGAAUUCUAUAUAUACUCAUGUUACAUACUAUUUCUGAUCUUAUAUACUUUUCUUAGAGGUCCACUGUACAAGUUGCUUUUUAAGGCCCACUUUUUUUUUUUUUUUUGGCCGUGCCACACAGCAUGCAGGAUCUUAGUUCCCUGACCAGGGAUCGAACCCGCGUCCCCUGCAGUGGAAACGUGGAGUCUUAACCACUGGGCUUCCAGGGACGUCCCAAGGCCCACAUUAUUUGAAAAUCAUAUUUUUAUAUACAGUAAAGCAAUGUUACACCCACUGACCGUGAGCAGGAAACAGACCUUGAGGACUGCUCUGGCAGCGCAGCAAAGCGGCCUCAGGGUUCGAGGGAAACACUACCAUUUGGCAAAGCUUAGCUUGUCCGAGCCAGAAGCCCUCCUGGAAAAUUGCUCCUGGACCAAGUCAUCUUCCCCGCAACUUGAACUUUUCUAGCAGUUGUCUGAGCCAUUAACUUGAGAUUUUGAUGACUUUGAUGUUGAACAUAUAGUACACCUGGCACCCAGAUCUUGGUUUCUUCCAAUAAAAUGAACCAGGGCUACUUGGAGAAAUGGCUGAUCCUCGGGCUGGGGCAGGAUGGCAAGCCCGGAGGAUCUGUAGGCCAGGACGUGAGGAGGUGCUCACAAACCCACAGCGACGGGUGCAUCGAAGGGACAACAGAGCCUGAGGAAAGAGCUCCCGAUGGCGGAGCUGGAACAAUUUGAGUAUCUAAACAAACAAGGGAAUAUUGGGUCAUAACCCAGAGUAGAAAAUAAAUAUUCAUGGGUCCAUCCGUGCGUCCAUAUUGAUGUAAAUCUAUGAUUUAAUAAAUCAGUAAAUGGUGGACAAGAGGCAUAUCUCUCCAGAUGAUCUAGGAGGUGAGACAUAACUCCCCUUCCUACGUGUGGGCUGCACACAGCGACUUCCUUCCAGGCAGGACAGGAUGGAAGGAAGAAGAAACUCCCCAGUGAGGGAGGUCACAGACAUGACCUCAGCAGACAGGUCACGCCAAGGACAGGGACCCCUGAUCCGACAUGUCGACAGCAGCACUUGACCUCUGGUCUUCCUCUCAAACCCACCACCCCGACAACAAUGAGAAAAACAUCAGGCAAAUCCUGCCAGAGGGACAUUCUACAAAACCCCUGAUCGGUCUUCCUCAACACUGUCCAGGCGUCCAGAACAGGGGUGUCUGAGCCACCGUCCCAGCCCAGGGGGCCCAAGGAGACAUGGCGACCAGAUGUCUGUGGGGCCUGGACAGGGUCCCAGGGCAGGAAGAACUGAGGAGAGCUUGGUAUCCUGCUCUUAUGGAAGUUGGACCAAAGGGGUCGAGUACAAGGGGCACCGCUGCUGAAACACGAGUAUGGAAAACACCUCACUCACUGCAUCUUCCGGCUCCCCCCUCCCGGCGAGGACCUCGUUCAGUUGGCGAAGGCAGCUGUGAGUGGUGAUGAGAAAGCCCUGGACAAGUUUAACUGGAGGAAGUGUGGCUUUGGAAGUUUCCUGAAAAUGGGACCUCAAGAGGGACUCUCAUUCUAUGUCAGCUUGACCGAUGGGACCGUGCACUACGUGGACGAGAAGGGCAGGACGGCCCGGGUGGCGUCCACGGACAGCUCCAUUCAGACGCUGUUCUACCUGGAGGAGAGAGAGGUGCUGGUGGCAGUCACCGAGAGCCUGCUGCUGUGUCUGUUCACGGUGAUGCCCGAGGGCACAGCCGAGGAGGUGAUGAAGGUAAAGCUGAGUGGAAAUAUGGGUCGCCAGGCAAACGUCGCCCUGAUCAACAGCAGCCUUCUUGUGACCGCCACUGGGGAGGCGGUCCUCAGAUUCUGGGAUUUAGAACGAGGAGAGAAUUACGUACUGAGUCCAGAGGAGAAGUUUGGUUUUGAAAAAGGAGAGAAUAUGAACUGUGUUUCUUACUGUAGAGUCAAAGGUCUUCUGGCAGCAGGUACCGAUAAAGGGCGCGUAGCCAUGUGGAGAAAAGUGCCAGGCCCCCAGAGCAGCCAAGGGGUGGAGGGCAAAGACAGGUGGACCCUUCAGAUCCCCACUGAGCUUGAAGGAAACAUCACACAGAUAAAGUGGGGCUCCAGGAAGAGCCUCCUGGCAGUGAACAGCAUCAGCUCCGUGCUCAUCCUCCGCGAGCAGGCCAUGUCGUCCCACUUCCACCAGCAGGUGGCCGCGGUGCAGGUCUCCCCGAGCCUACUCAGCGUGUCCUUCCUGUCCACGGGGGUGACGCACAGCCUGCGCACAGACAUGUACAUCAGCGGAGUGUUCGCCACCAAGGAUGCUGUUGCCGUCUGGAAUGGAAAACAGGUGGUGAUCUUUGAGCCUUCUGGAGCCACAUUACGAAGUGCAGGUACCUUCCUGUGUGAGUCUCCAGUGUUAGCCAUGCACGAAGAAAACGUUUAUACGGUGGAGCCAAACCGAGUCCAAGUUCGAACCUGGCAGGGGACUGUGAAACAACUCCUGCCAUUUUCCGAAACAGAGGGGAACCCAUGCUUCUUUGACAUCUGUGGAAAUUUCCUGGUUGUAGGGACAGACUUGGCUCACUUUAAAAGCUUUGAUCUAUCCCGAAGAGAGGCGAAGGUGCACUGCAGCUGCAAGAGCCUGGCAGGGCUGGUCCCGGGCGUUGGGGGCAUGGCCUCCCUCAGGUGCAAUGCCAGCGGCAGCAAGGUCAGCAUCCUCCUCAGCAAGGCUGACAACAGCCCCGAUUCCAGAAUCUGCUUCUACGAUGUGGAAAUGGACACAGUGACCAUCCUCGACUUCAAGAGGGGACAGAUAGAUCAGAGAGAGACGUUGUCCUUUAAUGGACAGGAGACUAAGAAAAGCCAGGCCCUUGCAGAUGAGAGGCUGACGAAUCUCGUGCCUGUGAGCCACUUCUGGGAUCAGAGUGAGCCCAGGCUGUUUGUGUGUGAAGCCUUGCAGGAAGUGCCGGGCGCCCCGCUGCAGCCAACGGACAGGAAGGCCCUGGGCGAGGCCAGCACAGGCCCCACGGCAGACGUGCUGGUCCUGUCUUUCUUCGUCUCUGAAGAGCACGGCUUCCUGUUGCAGGACAGCUUCCUCCGGCCUCCCGUCUUCCAGGCGCUCCUGGGAAUCCAAGUGCCCCAUUAUUACUUCAUGAGAAAGCCGGGAGAAGUGGACCUCGAGGACCAGGUGGACUCCGGGUCCCAGCGCAUCCCCCAGACGGUGGGCAGGAGGCCCCUGCGGGACUUCGUGGGGCUAGAAGACUGUGACAAGCCCACGCAGGACGCCAUGCUCAACUUCACCUUCUUCCUGGCUGUCGGGGACAUGGACGAAGCCUUCCGGUCCAUCAAGCUCAUCAAAAGCGAGGCUGUCUGGGAGAACAUGGCGCGCAUGUGCGUGAAGACUCAGCGGCUGGAUGUUGCCAAGGUGUGCCUGGGGCACAUGGGCCACGCGCGCGGAGCCCGAGCGCUGCGGGAGGCUGAGCAGGAGCCAGAGCCAGAGGCCAGGGUGGCCGUGUUGGCCAUACAGCUGGGCAUGCUGGAGGAUGCGGAGCAUCUGUACAAGAAAUGCGGGCGCUACGACCUCCUCAAUAGGCUCCUGCAGGCAGAGGGCCAGUGGCAGAGGGCCAUUGAGGUGGCUGAGCGACACGACCGCGUGCACCUGCGCACCACCUACUACAAUUACGCCCGGCACCUGGAGGCCAGCGGGGACUGCAGCCUGGCCCUCAGCUACUACGAGAAAUCAGACACGCACCGCUUCGAGGUGCCACGGAUGCUGGCGGAGGAUCUGCAGGCCCUGGAGCUAUACAUCAACAAGAUGAAGGACAAGAGCCUGUGGAGGUGGUGGGCCCAGUACCUGGAGAGCCAGGCCGAGAUGGAUGCCGCACUUCGCUACUAUGAGCUGGCGCACGACUACUUCUCUCUGGUCCGCGUUUACUGCUUCCAGGGCAAUAUCCAGAAGGCCGCAGAGAUAGCCAGCGAGACCGGGAACUGGGCGGCCUCCUACCACCUGGCCCGCCAGUACGAGAGCCAGGACGAGGUGCGGCAGGCCGUGCACUUCUACACACGCGCCCAGGCCUUCAACAAUGCCAUCCGCCUCUGUAAGGAGCACGGCCUGGAUGACCAACUUAUGAAUUUGGCCCUGCUGAGCUCCCCCAAGGACAUGAUCGAGGCCGCACGCUACUACGAGGAGAAGGGCGAGCAGAUGGACCAGGCGGUCAUGCUGUACCACAAGGCCGGCCACUUCUCCAAGGCCCUGGAGCUGGCCUUCGCCACACAGCAGUUUGUGGCCCUGCAGCUUGUGGCAGAGGACCUGGACGAGAAGUCAGACCCCGCCCUCCUGGCCCGCUGCUCCGAUUUCUUCCUGGAGCACAGUCAGUACGAGAAGGCGGUGGAGCUGCUGCUAGCCGCCAAGAAGUAUCACGAAGCCCUGCAGCUCUGCCUGGAGCAGAACUUGACCAUCACUGAGGAGAUGGCUGAAAAGAUGACGGUGUCCAAGGACUGCAAGGAGCUGUCUGAAGAGUCCCGGCGUGAGCUGCUGGAGCAGAUUGCCAGCUGCUGCAUGCGCCAGGGCAACUACCACCUGGCCACCAAGAAGUACACGCAGGCAGGGGACAGGCUGAAGGCCAUGAGAGCACUGCUCAAGUCUGGGGACACUGAGAAAAUUGUGUUCUUUGCGGGCGUCUCGAGGCAAAAGGAGAUCUACAUCAUGGCAGCCAACUACCUGCAGUCCCUGGACUGGCGGAAGGACCCGGAGAUCAUGAAGAGCAUCAUCAGCUUCUACACCAAGGGCCGGUCCCUGGACCUCCUGGCCGGCUUCUACGAUGCCUGUGCCCAGGUAGAGAUCGACGAGUACCAGAACUACGACAAGGCCCACGGGGCACUGACUGAGGCCUACAAGUGCCUGUCCAAGGCCAAGGCCAGGAGCCCACUGGACCAGGAGGCCAGGCUGGCGCAGCUGCAGAGCAAAAUGGCACUGGUGAAGCGCUUCAUGCAGGCCCGCAGGACAUACACCGAGGACCCCAAGGAGUCGGUCAGGCAGUGCAAGCUGCUCCUGGAGGAGCCGGACCUGGACAGCACUGUCCGCGUCGGGGACGUAUACGGCUUCCUGGUUGAGCGCCACGUGCAGAUGGAGGACCUGCAGACGGCCUACAAGUACCUGGAGGAGAUGCGGAAGAGAGUGCCCUCCGCCAACGUGUCGUACUACGUGAGCCAGCGCACUGUGGACGCCGUGCACCAGGGCCUGGGCAUCCCUCUGAUGUGCACCAUGCCGGAGCAGAUGCGCCACAACAACAUGGAGGAUCACAAGGAGAUGGACGAGGAGGUGAUGGAGGAGGUGGAGAAUGGCCCCUGAGGGCCUGCCGCUGCCCAGGCUCUUCUGGGACUUGCCAGUCAUUAUCAGUAGCAGGAGCCUGACGUUCCUGGUGAAAGUUUUGUGUCUGAGUCCGUAGGCAGAGCUGUGGGAAAAUGCGCUAGCCUCCGAGGGGCAUCAGGGGGAGGGUCUCUAAGCCACCCCUUCUGAGUCCCUGACCCCUGCAGGGUUUUGUUUUAGCCCCUUGGCAGUCAAGGGAGUUGGUUCAUUUUUCCCAUGACGUUCCCCCAAGUACAGGGUGUAAAGCCUAAGAAACUGAGGGUGUCCCCAUAUUCCCGCCCCCCCGCCUCCUGGCACCCACACAGGUUGCCCAGCAGUACAUCUGACUGGUUCCCACAGGACACCCCGUCCUGACCACCGGGAGACAACGGUUGGCACUGGGCUGCAGCGGGAGGCUCUGUCCAUCUAGGCCAUGCCCUUUCCGUCACCAGCUCCCACCAUAAGGGGCCAUCAGGGACAGCAACAUGAUGGGGGCGGGGGGGCUGCCUCAUGCUUUCCCACCCCCAGCUCCACCCACCAGCUGCCGAAAUUCUCCAAAUAAAGUCUGUUUUCUCAGA